AUGAGACCAAUACGAUACCAGUGGCAUCCAAAUACCUAUUUUACUGAUUGUGCCGUCCAUCCACGUUCAUAAGCAGUCACAAUAGCAGACAACAGAGGCCCUAGGUUUUGCAAAUGUGGGUACCUUAGACAGAUGAAUAAUAAUGUUAAAAAAUGAUCACUUGGAAGACUGCGCCAUUUCUUAGUUGUUGGAAAAUACAGUAGACGGCAUAUACAUCGACUUCGCAUAGGUCUGGAUGUUCGAGUAAAAGCAUUUAGUCUCAUUUGGUGAAUGAUAAGAGAUAAUUCCAUUCUCCGAAUGAUUUCUGUCUCGGUCUCGGUCUGUCUCACUCUCGCUUGCUCGCUCCCUCUCUCUCCCCCUCUUUCUCCAUCCGUCUGUAUUUAUGUCUGUAUAUCCCUCCUCUGUGUGCUGUUCUUAUGUCUCUGCGCGUUUGCAUUCUCUCCUUCCUAAACUUUCACCAUUAUCACAAGGAUAAUUUAUAAAAUCCUCCCAAAAAUACGUUGAUUAUAAAGAUAUUAUCCCGAUGGGAGGCUAGAUUCAAACGCGAACUGAGCCACGAGUAAAAAUUGCUUUCCAAUGGAAAGAAUAAUCGUGUCAGUAGUGUGUAUUUGCAGAGAUUACAUCUCGUGAGUUUGUCAUUGGACUAGUAAUCCUGCAGAGCACUAAGCAGGAGGUUUCAUCAUUUGUAAAUUGCUGCCUCGUCAACUGUGAUACCUUUUUGACCUAUGUUUGGCCUUCACCUCUAUUCUUAUCGGGAAAAUUAUUUUACUAAUAGAAAUUAAGAAUACAGUAUACUGACUUUGCUAUAAAGUGACACUCAUUCCUAUUGAUUAUACCUCAUCUAACGUCGCACAUAUUAAGACGUAGUAUCAAGAAAAUUGACAACGAUGAACAUCUUCUGAGAUGAGCAUCAGUUGACCACUUACGAGAUUAUUCUUGUUGUACCACUAGUUGCUAUGGUUGA